AUGGGGAGCAUCACCGCCGCCACCACCACCACCACCACCAUCAACUCUCGCCGAACACUUACUCCUCUCUCUUCCCUUCUUCCAAAACCGAAACCCCGUUCUCCCACUCCUUCCAGUUUCAAAUUCCACCCUUUCCCUCUCUCCACCUCCUCAAAACCCCACACCCAACACCCCAUUCCCAAAUCCACCCCCUCCGCCGCCGCCUCUUUCUCCCCUCUCAACCUCAAGUCCCGCCUCCGCAACGGCGACACUCUCUACGGCCUCUUCCUCCUCUCCUUCUCCCCCACCCUCGCUGAGAUCGCCGGCCUCGCCGGCUACGAUUUCGUCGUCGUCGACAUGGAGCAUGGCCCCGGAGGCAUCAGCGAUGCGCUCUUUUGCCUCCACGCGCUUGCCUCCACCAACACCGCCGCCAUCCUCCGCAUCCCGGAGUCUACCGCCGCGUGGGCCAAGAAAGCCCUCGACCUCGGCCCACAGGGCAUAAUGUUCCCCAUGAUCGACUCCGCCCAUUCGGCCCACCAAGCCGUCUCCUAUUGCCGCUACCCUCCCGACGGGCUCCGCGGCGCAGCCCACCCCAUCGUCCGAGCCUCCAAAUACGGCCUCGACGAAGGAUACAUUGGUACUUACCUCGACGAGCUUCUGAUCAUGUGCCAGGUGGAAUCCGAAGAGGGAGUGGCUAACGCCGGCGAAAUCGCCGCCGUUGACGGCUUGGACUGCGUGCAAAUGGGGCCGUUGGAUCUGAGCGCCAGUUUAGGAUACUUGUGGGACCCGGGGAACAAGAGGGUCAGGGAGGUGUUGAGGGAGGCCGAGAGAAAGGUGUUGGAGAGCCGAAACGACGACGUUGAGAGUGGGGCUUAUCUUGCGGGCUUCGCCACGGCGUUUGAUGGGGCGAGGAAUAUGAGGUCACGUGGGUAUCGCAUGGUGAGUGGCGCUGUGGAUGUCGGGUUGUUUCGGAGCGCCGCUGCGGAGGAUGUGAAUGCUUUCAAGAUGAGUGGGUCGGAAAGUGACGAGGGAGAGGAGAAAGAGGGUGAUGAGAAGUACUGGAGUGAAUGA